GACCUUAAACGGACUUGGGAUCUUGGUGUGUUCCAUGGAUGGAUCAGUGGCUUUUUUGGACUUUUCCCAGGAUGAACUUGGAGAUCCCCUUAGUGAGGAGGAGAAGAGCAACAUUCAUCAGUCCACCUAUGGUAAAAGCUUAGCAAUAAUGAGUGAGGCUCAGUUGUCCACUACCAUUAUUGAGAAUCCAGAGAUGCUGAAGUAUCAACAGAGACAGCAACAGCAGCAGAUGGAGCAGAAGAAUGCAGCAAUACAGGAUGCAGCAGAUGUAAUGACAGCUCCCAAAGUGGCAAGCAUGGUUAAUGGUGAGAGUUUGGAGGACAUUAGAAAGGAUUUGUUGUUUGUGUUCAUCAAUAAAAGGACUGCAGAUGGCCGGAGACGGAUCACACCUCUAUGCAUAGCUCAGCUGGACACUGGGGAUUUUUCAACGGUGUUCUUCAAUAGUAUUCCAAUAUCUGGGUCUUUGGCUGGCUCAAUUAUGUCUUCUCAGAUUAAUCAGCAACUGAUGUCAUUAGAUUCCAAUGCAACUAACUCCCUCAGCACUUCAAAGCCUUCUCUAGAACCACUUGCAGCCAGUAUAAAACCUACAGAUAACACAACCAGUAAAGAUGGUGUAAAUGCUACCUCUGCUUCAGCUGCUCCUACUGUAUCAUCUUUCUCUGUGCUAACAACCCCAUCUAAGAUUGAACCAAUGAAAGCAUUUGAUUCCAGAUUCACAGAACGAUCCAAAGCCACCUCAGCGACUUCUGCUGUAAUAAAUACAAAUCAGAUUGCCAUGGACAGAUUGAAGGAUCAGAAUUUAAUUAAAGAGAAUGAGCCCAAGGAUAUUCUGGAGAGCAGCAGUGACAGUGAGGAGAAGAUUCCAGCUACUAAACCACUGGCACUGCCUAAGCGUAAAUUAGAACUCGAGGGAGAAACAGUAGAAAAGAAGAAGAAAGGCAGACCUCGAAAGGACUCCAGGCUAGUCCCUGUGACUUUAACUGUUCAGUCCCCAGCUGCCCUGGCCUCUGAGAAGGAUGCCACUUGCAUCUCUGCACCAGCAUUAGCACUUAAACUGCCAACCCCAAUCCCACAGAAAUCGUUUACAUUGCAAAUAAGCUCAGAUCCCUCCAUGUAUAUUGAGGUGGAGAAUGAGAUGGCCGCUGCGGGAUGUUCCAAGCUGAGCAGGUUAAAGUGUAAUCGGGAAGGCAAAGAAUGGGAGACUGUUCUCGCCAGUCGAAUUCUUACUGCAGCUGGAAGCUGUGAUGUGGUGAGUGUAGCCUGUGAGAAGAGGACCUUAUCUGUAUUUUCAGCUUGCGGUCGUCGCCUUCUCCCGCCUAUUAUAUUGCAUUCGCCUAUUUCAGCUUUACGUUGCACAGGUUCCUACGUCAUGGCUCUCACCACUAUUGCUACACUGUCUGUAUGGAAUGUUCAUAAACAGUCAGCGGUUGUCAAAGAUGAGUCUCUGCAAACAAUAUUAGCAGGAAAUGAUACAACUGUGUCUCAAAUUUUGCUGACUCAGCAUGGUAUGCCAGUAAUGAGCCUGUCUGAUGGAAAGACCUAUUGUUUUAAUCCUUCUCUUUCUACAUGGUAAGUUGUACAUCUUUCCUACUUUUUAUGACGGGGUGGGGAACCUUUUUUGAAUUGGGGGCCACUGACCCGCAGAAAAAUCAUCGGGGGCUGCACACAAGUGAGAAGUGCCCCCCCCCCAACCCCUCACUGAUGUGACCCCUGACUGGGAAGAAGAAA